AACAUUUGUUAUCAAAAAAUGUGUCUAAUAUUCCGAUAGCACUACCUCUCAAGCCCUCCUAUCAGUAAACUGAUAUGAGACUGAUAAACGUUUUUUUUGUUUGAAGUUAUAAAUUUAUCAAGCCAAUAUGGAAUUUAGCGAUAGUUCAAAAUUUAUUCGCACCUUUAGCUUCGGUCGGUGAAGACGUUGAAAAUUUGAAACAAAAUUUAAAAGAAAAAAAAAACAAAAAACGGAUCAAAAUUGUUGUUAAAAGUGAUCGAGUGUUUUAGUGUAAAAAAAAGUAUGACAAAUUAGAAAAGUCCAAAAUCCAAAAUUGAAAAAAAAAAGAAAAUCCAUAGAGUGUGUGCAAAUUUCAUCAUUCAUCGAUCAAAGUGGAUACAAAAAUGUCAAAUUUUAACAAAACCGAUCACGGCGAAUAUGUCUGGAUCAACCCAUCAAAAAAAGACGAAUUCGCCGUACCCACGGCAGCCCGAAUAAUUCGAACAGAUAAAGAAAAAACAUUUGUUUGUGACGAUGAAGGCCGUCAAUUUUGGAUACCCUCAUCACAAAUACUCAAGGGCAUGCACUUAUCAUCCCAAAAUGGCGUCGAAGAUAUGAUAACACUGGGUGAUUUGCAAGAAUACGCUAUUCUACGUAAUUUGUAUAUUCGUUACAAAAACAAACAAAUUUAUACCUACACAGGUGCCAUGUUGGUUGCCAUUAAUCCGUAUGAAGUUCUAUCAAUUUACACAAAUCGCGAGAUAGCACUUUAUCGCGGCCGCAAGUUGGGCGAAUUGCCGCCGCAUAUAUUUGCGAUAAGUGAUAAUGCUUUUCAGCAAAUGAGGCGAGAAUCGAUGAAUCAAUGCGUUGUGAUAAGCGGCGAAUCGGGAGCCGGCAAGACGGAAAGUACAAAGUUGAUAAUGCAAUAUUUGGCUGCAAUCAGUGGCAAGCAUUCAUGGAUUGAGCAGCAGAUUAUCGAGGCGAAUCCAAUUAUGGAGGCUUUUGGCAAUGCCAAGACCGUGAGGAAUGAUAACUCUUCGAGAUUUGGCAAAUACAUUGAUAUAAGGUUUAGUGAUACAGGGGUUAUCAAGGGUGCCCAGAUUGAACAGUAUUUGCUUGAGACCUCGAGAAUAGUUUCUCAGAGCAAAGAUGAAAGGAACUAUCAUAUUUUCUAUUGCAUGCUAGCAGGCUUGAGUAAAGAUGAGAAAAAGCGUCUUGAACUUCAAGAUGCCGGAAAAUACCAUUACCUAUCGCAAGGUGGGUGUUUAACGUUGGAAGGAAAGAAUGAGGCCAAAUCAUUUGCUGAUAUUCGAUCAGCUUUGCAAGUGCUCUCAUUUAAACCCGACGAAGUUUGGCAGAUUUUUUCUCUUUUGGCCGCAAUUUUGCAUUUGGGUAAUUUGAGGUUUGAGAAAACUGUCGUAAAUAAUAUUGACUCGUCGGAAAUCCACGAUAGAGUAAAUGCAGCAAGAAUUGCAAAUUUCUUGGGUGUUUCGACAACAUCGUUUUGUGAUGCUUUAACUAGGAAAACUAUCUAUGUCCAUGGCGAUAAGGUGGUAACUUCAAUUUCAAAGGAUAUAGCGAUGGAGGGGAGGGAUGCAUUUGCAAAGUCACUUUAUGGAAAAAUAUUCACUAGAAUUAUAGAUUGUAUAAAUGAGACAAUCGACAAGGAUAAGGAUACAAAACGAAUGAAAUCAAUUGGAGUAUUGGAUAUCUUUGGAUUUGAGAACUUCCCCACGAAUAGUUUUGAACAACUUUGUAUAAAUUAUGCAAAUGAAAAUCUUCAACAGUUUUUUGUGCAGCAUAUUUUUAAGAUGGAACAAGCUGAAUAUGCAGCUGAUGGUAUUGAUUGGGAAAAUAUUGCUUUCAAGGAUAAUCAAGAAAUUCUUGAUUUGAUUGCAAUUAAAUCAGUAAAUGUUAUGUCAUUGAUUGAUGAAGAAUCUAUAUUUCCUAAAGGAACCGAUGCAACAUUGCUUGAAAAACUACAUUCUACUCAUGGCUCAAGAAGUAUUUAUAUAAAACCAAAGUCCUCACAGACCCCAUUGUUUGGAAUUGUUCAUUAUGCUGGUGUUGUUAUGUAUAAUCCAAGUGGAUUCCUCGAGAAAAAUCGUGAUUCAUUCAGUAUGGACAUUCGUGAAAUGGUUGCCAAAUCUACCAACAAAUACCUCUUGAAAAUCUUCUCUUCUGAAUUACACACAGAUAUAAUGAAAAAACAAACAACCUUAUCAGUGAAGUUCCGAAAUUCGUUAGAUGCUCUUAUGAAAACGCUUUCUUCAAGUCAUCCAUUCUUUAUUCGCUGUAUCAAACCAAAUGAAUAUAAGGCUCGUAAUGACUUUGAUAGUGAACUUUGUGUUCGUCAACUUCGAUAUUCUGGCAUGAUGGAAACAGCACGUAUUCGCCGAGCUGGCUACCCAAUUCGACACACUUUUGCUGAAUUUGUUGAAAGAUAUCGACUUCUUUUGCCAGGUAUUAAACCACCUCAUAAAACCGAUUGCUUAGCGGUCGCAAAGAGAAUUUGUCAAGAAAUACUACCACCAAACUCUGACUAUCAAUUUGGCCAACGCAAGGUUUUCCUCAAGUACAUUUCCGACACAUUUUUGGAGAAUGAAAGAUCACGUAUUAUUCUCAAGUCAAUUACGCUUAUUCAACGAGGUUUUAGAAGAGUUCUCUUCAAACGAUAUUUGAAUAGGUAUCGUGAUGCGGCAAUAGUCAUUCAAAAACAUUGGCGAAGUCGGCGACUUCGACGAAACUUCUUAACCAUCCAAAAUGGUGUGCAUCGAUUACAAGCUUGCAUUAGAUCCCGUCAACUUACAUACAAAUUUACCAUGAUACGGGAAACUGUAAUCAGACUUCAAGCUCAUGCCCGAGGCUAUUUAGUUCGUAAAAAGUUCCUUACUGUGUCUUCAGAGAAACAACAAGAAUUGAAGAGGAUCAAAAUUCUUCGUAUUUUGGAAGAGAAGAAAUAUCAAAAAUCUGGCGACCGAAACUGGAAAGCUAAGGCUGAAGCUAAUUACAAUCAAAGACUUAACGAACUGAAUAAGAACUUUGUCAACUCGGUCAAUCACACAGAACCAAAAACUCCUGAAGACCAGAAUUAUAACUUUGAUUUUGAUAGUGAAGUUAAUGAAGCAUUUGGAUUCUUGGACACAGCUGAUGAGCCAUCUGGACCGAAUUACGUAAGACAUUCCAAAUUCUCAGGCGAAACAAUUCGAGUGCCAAAAAUCAAACAUACCGUUCUGAAAACAUCAGACUACAACUUUUCAAAAUUUGCAGCCACUUACUUUAACCCGAAAGCAACAAGUUAUUUUAGUAAACUUCCAUUAAAAAAGUCUUUACUACAUCAUCCUCGUCCUAAUGAUGAAAUAUCAGCACAGGCAGUUUGGAUAAUGAUCCUUCGUUUUAUGGGUGACACUGAAGAACCAAAAACUGAAGAAUUUUUCGAAGACCAAUACGAACGGCAGUCUCUAAACUCUCCCAUAAUGGAAAGACUUGUAGCAAACUUAACUAAAAUCAACGGUCAUAGUCUAACAGACAUACAAAAAUGGGAAGCUAUGGAAAUCAAAAAUUCUGACCAUCAUCGUGUAACUCAUAAAACUCUCAAAAGAAAAACCAAGUUACCACAACUUUUACGCAAUGCUUUAAAUAAUAGCGAUGAAGUUGAAUACUAUCAUCAAACUUUAAGUCUUCCAAGUAGUAAAUUAGAAAAGUUACAUUUCAUUAUUGGACAUGCAAUAAUUAAACCACAACUCAGAGAUGAAAUAUUUUGUCAACUUUGUAAACAACUUAUUGGAAAUCCAAAUAAGAGUUCAGUAGCAAAAGGAUGGAUAUUAUUGUCAUUGUGUCUUGGUUGUGUUCCACCAAGUCGAAAGUUUGAACAAUUUCUUCGAACUUUUAUUCGAAGUGGUCCUGAACAAUUUGCUGAAUUCUGUGAACAAGCUUUAGAUAGAACUCUUAAGAACGGAGCUCGAAAACAACCACCAUCUUGGCUUGAACUUCAAGCCAUUCGAAAACGCUGUCCGAUGACCUUGAAUUUCUUUCUUCUGGAUGGAAACACAAAAAGACUUCAAAUUGACUCAAGUUCAACUUCUAAGGAAGCUGUUGAUCAGCUUGCCGAAAAUAUGGGUCUGACUGAUAGUUUCGGCUUCUCGAUUGUUAUAAGCCUCUUUGACAAAACUUUGUCGCUUGGUUGUGAAAAUGAACACAUAAUGGAUGCCAUUUCGAAUUGUGAACAAUACGCUAAGGAACAGGGUCAAGAUGAACGAAAAGCUCCGUGGAAGUUAUUUCUUCGGAAGGAACUUUUUUCUCCUUGGUAUGAUCCAUCGCUUGAUCAACUAGCAACACAUUUGGUCUACAAACAGGUUACUCGGGGACUGAAUUUAGGAGAGUAUCGGUGCAAAUCGGAGAAAGACGUCGCUAUGUUAUGUGCUAUUCAGUACUUUAUAGAAUACGGUCCAACUAUUGAUCCAAAUAUUCUUCAUACUAUGAUAAAUGACUGCGUUCCGAAAGACUUUCUAUCGGCUGGUGAAAGAGCUUACAAUACCUGGGAAAACCUCAUUACCGACGUUUUUAACAAAGUCAAUUACUCUGGAAACAAUAUUUCCAAAAACUCUGCCCGAGAAGAUGUAGCAAUUUAUGCACAUUUAACCUGGCCAAUGGUAUUUUCGAGAUUUUUCGAAGCUUUCCGAACAAGUGGUCCAAGACUUCUUAGCGAUAAUCUUGUGAUUUCUGUAAAUUCUUUAGGAGUCUAUUUCAUUGAUGAAUUCGAACAGAUCUUAGCUGAAUUAUCAUAUCCUGAAAUUCAUUCAGUACUUUCAGUAGAUGAAGAUGAACUACAAAUUAACACAAUUCAAAAAGAAGACUUCACUUUUAAGUGUCACGAAUCGAAAGUUGUUUGUGAUCUUAUCAAUUUUAUACUCGAUAAUCUUAAAAAUCGUUCAAAAUAUGCAAUUGUAGUUGAAGAUUAUAAGCCAUCUAGUAGAGCUACAGAUCAUUUAAGUUUAGUUAAAGGUGAUUUAGUGAUUUUGGAGAAAGGUAUUACAGGAGAAAUGGUGAUGGAUAAGGAGAAUCGUUGGGCUCAAGGUGAAUGUAAUGGAGUUAGAGGAGCUUUUCCAACAGAAACUGUUUAUGUUGUGGCAACAUUGAAUAGACCUUCGGAUAUGGUUUUGGAGAUUUUUAAGGAAAGCGAUUUAAGAAACAAGGAAUUGAAUAUCUCGAGUUAUACAACUGUACAACGGAAGAGAAUGCAUACUUUGAAGAAAUUUGCUGAAUACUAUUUCCGACCGAACAUCAGUGAGCCAUUCUAUUUUGAAACACUUGAUGAACUUUGGAGUCAUUCUGGAGAUCCUAUUAGAGCGCCAUUACUUAAAAAGCUUCAAAGAGAUCGUGAGCUGAUCGAAAAAUCUGUGCUCAUCUUUAGUUCCAUUUUAAAGUAUAUGGGUGAUAUUCCUCGUGGCAAACAGCCAGUCGACACAGAUCUUAUCUUUGGAUCAGCCCUCGAAAAUGAACACCUUCGUGAUGAGCUCUAUUGUCAACUUAUGAAGCAACUAACCGAUAAUCGAGUUCUAUACAGUGAAGAACGUGGCUGGGAUCUAAUGUGGCUUGCAACAGGAGUCAUGUAUCCCAGUUCUUUAGUGUUGAAAGAACUUUUUCUAUUUCUACGAAGUCGAAGUCAUCCUUUAGCCGUGGAAUGUUUAAAAAGAAUUCGUAAAACUCUUGCCAGUGGUCAACGAAAAAAUCCACCUUUUGUACGAGAGAUUGAAGCUAUACAAAAACGUUCAACGAAAAUUUAUCAUGAAAUACAUUUUCCGAAUGACACAAGUGAAAAACUUGAAAUACGAUCUUCAACUCGAGGUUUCGAACUUUGUUCAAUAAUUGCUAAACGUUUUGAUUUGAAAUCCUUGGAAGGAUUUAGUUUAUUUGUUCGAAUUUGCGACAAAGCAUUUUCUAUUCCAGGAAAUGAGUACAUAUUUGAUUUUAUCAGUGAAUUGAUGAAAAGUAUGAAGGAAGUCAUGACUGGUCGAACACUCGAAAAUAACAUUUUUCCAUAUGAGUUAUAUUUUAUGAAGAAACUCUGGUUGGCAAUCACACCUGGAAAGGAUCUUAAUGCAGAUUAUAUCUUCCAUUAUUCACAAGAAGUUCCAAAAUAUCUUCAUGGAUAUUACAAUAUAUCAACUAAAAAAGGAGCUUAUAUCGCUGGGAUUUUAUAUCGCAUUCAAUAUGGCGGAAAUAUGGUACCGUUGCAUAGAAUUCAUGAAGUUCUACCGAAACUUCUGCCGGUAGAUGUGAUUGCUUUGGAAAAAAGUAACGAUUGGAAGACAGAAAUAACUAAAGUUUUACAAGAACUUGGAAAUCUAGAUGAAGCUCAAGGAAAAAAUAUGUUUUUGGAAGAAAUGUCAAAAUUCGAGAUGUUUGGUUCAACAUUUUUCCUGGUUAAACAAACUAAUGAUCACAGUUUGCCAGAAACUCUAUUGAUUGCAAUUAAUUUAAAGGGAUUUCAUAUUAUUGAUCCAAAAACAAAGGAAACUCUUCAAAAGUAUGAAUACUCAGAGCUAAGUCUUUGGAGUUCGGGCAAUACGUUUUUCCACAUUCGUUUUGGUAACAUGAUUGAUGCUUCGAAGUUACUUUGCUGUACAACUCAAGGCUAUAAAAUGGAUGAUUUGUUGUCAUCUUAUAUGAAGUAUUUAAACGAUCAACAUUAUUGAACUUUGAAGAUCAAUAAAAAUUCAAAAAUUGAUUAUUUUGAGAAUUCAAA